UGAACCUACCAUAACAGACUGAUAACCCAAGGCCUGCAAGCCAUGGCCUGCAAGCCAUGGGUGACAAAGGCUUUAUCGGAAGGUCUCCUCUGACCAUGGGGACUGUGAUUAUUCAAUAUAUCAGCCAGGGUACAAGGAAGUUCAUCAUCAGUCGACCUGUUAUCUAGCGGGGAGGGCUAUCCUUCUGUACAAUACACCAUUGACCCACUUCCCAGCAGUCUACCUCUGAUCACGCAUUCAGGAUGUGCCAUAAGAUUCGUUAUUACUUUUCUGGGUGUACAUGCAUCGAUGUGUCCCGUGACUUUGAUAUCAGAUGCGAUGAAGCCUUGAGAGUGGGGUAUGAAUGUACCAACCCUGAAGCUACUGGGAUCCCAAUGAAGGGGCUAUGUCCCGACUGCCAGGAAUACUACAGAGAGUACUAUGAAGCAAUUCGUACGUCCAGUGAGCCAGAGACCCCAGUCCCUGAAAGUCAAGCGGUCGACAUCUGCAAGCCCGUUGAGGAGAAACCAGAGUGUCAAUCCGGUGUUUCGGUCCCUGAGGGUCACGAUGUCAACAUCGGUAGGGAAACUGAGGAACCAAAGUGUCAAGCCGAUAAUCCCGUCCCUGAGACUGCGGAGGUCGACAUUCCCAACCACAUUAAGGAACCAAAGUGUCACUUGGGGAUUCCAGUCCCUAAACGUCAGGAAACUAAAGCCUGCAGUGACAUCGAGGAACCAAGGCGUCCCACCGGUAUUCCAACCCCUAGACGUCAGGAAGUGAAAGCCCGCGGCGAGGUAGAUAAGAAAGCAAGGUACCAGUCUGGUCUUCCAGUUCCCAAGAACCAGGAAGCCAAAAUAUGCAACCAAGUGGAUGAGAAGCCAAAGCGCCAGUCUAGCAUCCCACUCCCUAGGAAACAGGAAGUCAAGCCAAGCAACGAGGUGGGUAAGAAACCAAGGGUUCAGUCUGGUAUCCCACUCCCUAGAAAACGAGAGGUCAAAACACACAACAAGCCUGCUCCGGACUCAAAGAACGCUGAGAAGUCCGAGCCUUCUGACGAGGGUUUAUUCGAUAGAAUCACUUUCUGA